AUGGACUCCUCGCCGUCUCUUAAACCCCAUUCCCCGACCAAAACACCGCUAUAUCCAGCCUCGCCUGAUCGGAUCAAUCAACAAAGGCUGGUGGGCUCACCAUCGCUGCCGUCCGAUUUACAUCCCAAGUCAUCCGAGGUGCAGGCCCGAAUCGCUUUCCUCAAUGGGCUUGCGCGGUCGGGCAGCCCAGCACCAAACGGCCAACACUCUUCAUCUGCUUCUGCAACCGCUGCUCUUCAAAGGGCAAUUCUCGGACGCGAAGAAGCUGAGUCUGCGCUUGCUAGAGCAGACGCUGAACUUUCCGAAGCACAGUCGCGUGAAAGGAGAAUCAGUGAGAGGCUUGAAUCGUUACUCGAAGAACUUCAAACGACAAGGGAGCGUCAAGCACAUGAGCGGACUCUAUUCGAGAAAGAAGUCCGAAAAGCCCGCAAGGAGGCAUUCCGUGCUGGAUCCACGCUCGUCAAGAUUCAGGAAGAAUUAAAACUGUCCAAGAGUGAAAACAGAACACUUAAGGAUGACGUUCGCGCCGAGAGAGAGGCCAAGGAAAACGCCAAACAAGAGGCAUUCGAACGUGCCUAUGCCCUUGCUGGUAUCACAGAAGAGCUUCAGAGUCUCAAGGACCAGCUUCGAGCCAUGGAGGCUGCCAACCAGUCCUCUUUGCAGCUCGAAGUAGACCCAAUUUACGAAAAUAACGAAAAGCCUCAAGUCGACUAUGCCGAUCAGGCAACAUGCACAACACCUGUGUCUCGACGGCCAAAACGAAGUGCAGAUGCAUCCGAACUUUUGAUCACUGCUUCUCAAAAUAUUCACGAGGAAGAAACACCGACGAAGAAGCCCAGGCUAUCUCGACGUGUGUCGAAUAAAGAAAAUGAAGACCCCGAAGAAUUGCAGCGAAAAACGGACAUAAUUGAAGAUUUGAAGGCAGAAAUCAAGUUUGCACAACGACAAAGGGAGAAGGCAGACGAAAUGAUUCACUUCAUGAAAAUGGAAUGUCAAUUUAAGCGCUGCUCGUGCCGAAUAGCAGAAAGCCAAGGAUAUAACUAUGUUCAUGACAAAGAAUGGCACAAAAGAUCCCAGGAAAGAAGUGCUUCUCAACCCAGCGAAGAGCAACAGAUUCACGCCCGUGAUGAAACGCCUGCGAGGUCGGCUCAUUCACCAUUUGAAAGUCCAGCGACAGCAAUGACGCCUCCUACGCCAGAGUACCGAGAACCAGAUCUGGCCAAAGAUAUGCACUCAACAGAAGACCCCGAAAUUGCUUUUUGCCCAACAACCGGGACAUUUGUUUCUAUCCCUUCUCCUCAUGCAGAAAUGCCUGAUCGUCCUAGCGAAGGACCGCUUGUUCUCCCGAAUGCCGACGAGAUCGCGUCGCCUCGCUUUGAAAAUCCCGCAGUGCCUACUAUAGAACACGAUGACUUGCGCCCAGAUAUUGCGCAUGAGUCCUACGAAGUCGACCCUGUGGAGUCGGAGAUUCCGCUGGAUGAGCCUCUGGAAUAUGAUCCAGUUGAUCCCAUCGAUCCCAUUCAAAACGACGACGAUUAUGUUACAGAAAGUCAACCUUCCGAGAAGCUCCCACAGCCGCUCCCGAUCACACCAACUGAGCAAUCCACAAACAUGCGAGAGGAGUCUAUUACUAGAACAAUCCCCCUUCAAACUGAGCCAAGGCGAUCUCAAAACCUCAGUGCGGUUAUACCAGGAACUCCAGUCACUCGAGAAGAAGCGUUAGCACAGAUCCGAGCGCGCAGGGGUCGAGCCCGAAGCAUUGUGAAACGAUCGGCAAGCACCAGUGAAGCUACAGCGCGUGCACAAGUCCAGGGGUCCACAAAGACAAAGCGCAUACCCGGUAUGACACAUUCGGAUACGAGAAGUGAACCGGAUGUCGGGGAUCGAAGAGAUUAUAGUGCACCGGUUCGGCGACGAUACUGA